UUUUGCUUUGUGUGUUUCUAUUUUAUUUGUCUUCAUAUACAUGAACCUUAUACACUUCCACUAUUUCCCCCUAUAAAUACUCCAUUUACUUAUCAUUUUUCAUAAGUCACACCAAAAGAUUGAAGCUUAUCAAUUUGUAGAAAAAUAUCCAUUCUUUUCUCAAAAAUAUUUCAAAUUCCAAUGGCCAUUUCGAAAGCUCUCUUUGCUUCAUUACUUCUCUCCUUGCUCCUUCUCGAGCAAGUCCAAUCUAUUCAGACCGAUCAAGUGACCAGCAAUGCUAUUUCUGAAGCCGCUUAUUCCAACAAGAAAAUUGACUGUGGGGGAGCUUGUGCAGCAAGGUGCCGAUUAUCAUCAAGGCCAAGAUUGUGUAAUAGGGCAUGUGGAACUUGUUGUGCUAGAUGCAACUGUGUUCCUCCUGGUACUUCUGGCAACACUGAGACUUGCCCUUGCUAUGCCAGUUUGACUACUCAUGGCAACAAACGUAAAUGCCCUUAAUUUUCUUCUAAAAUAUCCUCGUGCGAUUACCAUGAAUAUGUUAUUGUUGUAAUAUAUUGUUCUGUCAUAUAUUGUGUCAAUAUUCAAAAUCCAGUAAAAUGUCUUUAGCGUGUACUUUUUUUUUUGGUGGGUUGUCUUUUUAAUUUUGAGGAAAUUGUAUUCACUUUGAUUUGUGUGUUGAUUAGUACAUUUGGUGUGAUAUUUGUUCUGGUUUGCAUUGUAUUGUAUUGUAUAAUAAGAUGAGGAAUAAAUGAAGUUCGAGUAUAUUUUUUUAUA